CCACAUCCGGAUGGAUGGCAAAUGAGUCGGGGACAUGUGUCGGACAAGAAAUCGGGCUGGUGCAGGGUAUCCUAUCAGGAAGAAGCUGGAUGACUGUAUAAGGGAAUGUAAGGGUCUCUGAAAUGGGUAUAAAUACGGCCAUACUUCGUCUUCCUUCACGACUAUCCAACACAAUCAAUCAACCAUUACUUCCAAUUAUCCCUUGCUUUACUCCAAUAUUUUCACAAUGAGUUUCCACGCCUCCGCUACCAAAAUCGAACUGGAAGACGGCCACAUCCUCAAAGCCACUCUCAGAAACAGUGAGGGCGAAGAGGUCGAUUCGGAGCUGGAUCUGAACAAGAUUAUCGGUAACAACGACGGGUCAUUCCAAUGGGAAGGCGAGAAUUUCCAGGACAGUGCUGAGGACAUCGAAUUUUCUCGCGAUGAGCGAGACGACGGCGAGGCCAUCCCCGUGCUUCGGGCCCAAUUAGGUAACCUUGAGGGGGAGAACGUGUCUGCAGACAUUAAUUUGGCGGAGCGGAUUGCGAACGAGGACGGUCAUUUGGUGUUUAUCUAGUUUUUGUUCUGUUCUACAUGUGGCUAUGGGACCUUCUAUGAAUCAGGUCAAAUACAUCAAUCAAUUCUCCGCCUUGAUAUCGCUAUAUCUUAAGAUCAGAAUCCGAGUAAAUAGCUG